UGUACCUAGGACAUCCGGAAAUUUUAGGCGGAUGUCCUAAUUACCGAAAAAAAAAAACUUACAGAAUGAUCCGACGCAUUCUCCGGCGUACGUAUGUUCCACUCGCCGUCCAUGACCCAAGACCCGUCGGAAAAUUUAACGACUUUUGAAAAUAGAAAAUUUAGGUGGUCGUGGGGACCGAUUUGGUUGCAAGGUCGUGGGGACCGAUUUUGGGAAGCUCGGGACAGCAAUGUCGUGAAGUGAGGGGACCGUUUCAUGUAUUGUGUCCAAAUGAGGAACAAGGUCAUUUUUAUAACCCAAAUUGCAUAAAGGGCAUAGUGGUCCAUUCAAGUCAAAAAGGGAGCGUUACCUGGUAAUUUGGGAGCGACAAAUAGCAGUUAAAAAAAAAAAACUACGGGAGUACCGACAAAUCAAGUGGCCAUUCCUGUGUGCCGCGCUUUCUUCUUCUUCUUCAUCAUCAUCUUCUUCCUCCUUCGAUCUCUGCAACUUCACUCACUCUUUUCUCUCUCCUCUAAUAUCACUUUCUCUCUCCUAAAUCAUGCGAUGAAAUUCGGAAGACAUACCCAGAAACAUUCAUCAUCAUUGUCAAUUAAGCUUGUGAUUUUGGUAUCAUUUAUUGCUUUGAUUGGAGCUGGUGUUGUUGUAGAUCUCUUAUGGGCGUCGUCUUCUUCUUCUUCCUUCUCCGCUUUUCGAUAUGUCUCUGAUAAUUGGCCUUCUCAACAAUCUCUUAAUCUUAACCUAACUUCUCUUCCUAAGGCAAAGAGUAAAGAUAAAGGAAAGGAUGGAGCUCCGGAAAGGAUUUUGUCGGCUACUUUCGCAGACUUGCCGGGACCUGAACUACAUUGGGAGAAGAUGCCAACAGCUCCGGUGCCACGUCUAGAUGGAGCUGCCAUACAGAUUAAGAAUAUCUUAUACGUUUUCGCUGGAUAUGGAACCAUUAAUCUUGUGCAUUCCCAUGUUGAUGUCUACAAUUUUACGGAUAAUACGUGGGGAGAAAGUUUUCCUAUGCCUAAGGAGAUGGCUCAUUCUCACUUGGGAAUGGUAACCGAUGGAAGAUAUAUAUAUGUUGUCACCGGACAAUAUGGUCCACAAUGCAGAGGGCCAACAGCCCGAAAUUUUGUGCUUGAUACUGAAACGAGACAAUGGAAAGAUCUUCUUUCUUUGCCAGUCCCUAGGUAUGCACCAGCUACUCAACUUUGGAGAGGAAGACUGCAUGUCAUGGGAGGCAGUGGGGCUAAUCGGUACACACCUGAACUAGACCACUGGAGUCUGGCAGUGAAGGAUGGGAAGGCAUUGGAGAAGGAGUGGCGAUCAGAAGUACCUAUUCCUCGUGGUGGACCUCACAGGGCUUGUGUUGUGGUUGAUGACAAACUAAUGAUUAUUGGUGGUCAAGAGGGUGAUUUCAUGGCCAAACCUGGUUCACCAAUUUUCAAGUGCUCCCGCAGACAUGAGGUGGUAUAUGCUGAUGUUUAUAUGCUGGACGAUGAGAUGAAAUGGAAGACGUUGCCUUCCAUGCCAAAGCCAGAUUCGCAUAUAGAGUUUGCAUGGACUAUAGUUAAUCAUUCAAUUAUAAUUGCGGGAGGCACAACCGACAAGCAUCCUAACACGAAAAAGAUGAUCUUGAAUGGAGAGAUCUUCCGGUUUGAUCUAGACACACUGAAAUGGUCAGUGAUUGGGAAGCUUCCCUACCGUGUCAAAACAACUCUCGUUGGAUUUUGGAAUGGUUGGUUCUAUUUUACUUCUGGUCAGCGAGACAAAGGGCCUGAUGAUCCAGGCCCCAGAAAGGUCAUUGGGGAAGUUUGGAGAACUAAAUUAAGCUUCUAGUCUCUAGUCAAUUAUUUCUGGAUGUUAAAUUUUAGGUAGGUCAUAUUCAUCACGAUUUAACCACUGUUAGAUGUCCUAGUCUGAAGCUGUGGAGCAAAUAUAUGUUCAUUUUCCGCUGUUGUCAAAAUGGAAAGGCGGGAGGAUGAGAAAAUUCAAUUUGUUCAUAUUGAUUCAUGUAUAUCUUGUAAACCAUAUGAGAAUCAAUCAGAGAUGGCUAGCCCUUUAUGUUCAAGGGCAUUUUGUAUUCA